AUGAACUUCAAUUAUCAAUCUCUUUCUGGAAACAGAAAGGAUUCUUCAAACUUGUCCAAUCUAGAUUCUUUGCAAUUUGAACUGGAAAGUCUAAACAUUAAUCAUAAUGAUAAUGAUUUAGCAAAUACUACCGUGGCCCCAAGUUCCAAUGAUCCCUUCUUCUCUACGGGGACGCCGACCACGCCUUCCAUUCAAAAUAAUAACUUAGCUAACGCAUUAGCAGCUUCUCAAAUGCCAUUGAGUAGAUCAUCAUCUCUAUUGGACUCGUUACCAGGUUCAACAUCCACCUCAUCACCAUUUAUGAAUGCUGUGAACAUGUCCACCACUACUCCCAACAUUAACAAUAAUAAUAACGUAACCAAUUUGUCAACAUGGUCCACUCAAGCUACAUUAUCAUCAAGGGCAGCUACACCACUUGCAUCUACACAAGAUUACCCAUACGCUCAACAACAACAACAGUACUACUAUCCUCAGCAACCACAAUUACAAUCCCAAUCCCAAUGGAAAUAUGUAGAUACCACGGGACAAAUCCAAGGACCAUUCCACACUGGGGAAAUGACAUCUUGGUAUGCACAUGGUUUUUUCAAUCCAUCUUUACAAAUUGCCAGAGUGAUGGACUUCAAUUCAUCUGUGAUUACGGAAUUAGAACAUGAGAAAUUUAUCUCUUUGGGCGAAUUGAUCCUGUUAGGGAAUGAUUCCGCUGAUCCGUUUGGUGGUGUGGAUAGAUUAAUCUCUUUGCGCCAACUGCAACAAUCCACCAACACAAACCCCAGCAGCACUAGCACCACCACCACCACCACCACGACAAACAGUAAUGAAGCAAAGAAGGAUGCUAAUGAAAAUGUCUUGAGGUUAAAACAGAAGAAAAAACAAGAAGAAGAACAAAGACAACAACGUGAAGCUAAGGAAAAGGAACUAGCGAGAAAAGAGAAAUUAAAGGAACAGCAAGAAUUAGCAAGAAAGCAAAAGUUGGCUGAAGAAGCAGAAGCAAAAGCAAAGGAGGCUGCUGCUGCCGCUGCCGCUGGACAAAGACUGGAGGAGACGAAGUUGGAACAAGAGAAACUGAAAAAAGCCGCAGCUGCCGUUACUGAUAUUCCAGCCUCUACCGACACACAAAAUGAACCUAAUGAGGAAUCUCUCGAAAAGCAAUUCGAUUCCAGGUUUGUUGAAGAACAAAAGAAAAUCUGGGAAGCCAUGGAACGUUCUUCUAAGGUUUCCAAACAACCACCAUCUAAUGAUAAUGAAUGGACUAAGGUAACAAAUAAACCAAGCACUAAGCCUCUUGGAACCUCGACAACAACGAUCCCAACUCCUAUUGUAAAGACCAAAAUACCUGUUGCACCCACAACGGUAACCACAACUCUUCCAUCUUCUUACAAUAACAACUCUGUAUCCCCUCGUCAAACAUUCUUAAAAUGGUGCAAGUCCCAAAUGAAAUUGAAUGCAGGAAUUUCAACUAAUAACGUUCUUGAAGUGCUAUUAAGUUUACCCCCAGGACAAGAAUCUAAGGAGAUUAUUGCUGAUACCAUUUAUUCUAAUAGUGCAGUCAUGGAUGGUAAAAGAUUUGCCGCUGAAUUUACAAAGAGAUGUAUUGAAUGUGAAAAACAACCUCAUGAUCCAUUAAGUUGGACUGAAGCCCUUGCGGCCCUUGGAACUGAUGAUGAUAAUGACGAUUGGGAAUUUCAAGUUGUGAGUAAAAAAAAGGGAAAGAAGUACUGA